AUGACUCUGCGCCGCAGUUCACAAAUCGAUGUAUUGAGAAUAGAGCAUCUGGAUGAUCGGCGAACAUUGAAAUCAACUUCGACUCCUCCUCUGGUCUGUCUCCCCUGCGCCAGUCUGGUCGUCAUAGAGGACGCCGCUUCUGGUGAUUUUGCUCGUGGUAUCGGUGUGAAGUUUGAUCGGUAUGUCAUCCACUGCCUCGAUCCAAAAUCAGAGAGAAAUGCUUCCGGCCAGGCUUUCCCUGUUGUUUCACUCGAUAUGCCAGCUUCUGCGGACUGCCUUGUCGGACCAUCUUCUUUGACUGUUAGAAACAAGUGGCGUGUAUUCGGCACUCAGGUCUCCACCGACUCAUCGGACAGGUCUGGUUAG